CGGGGAAAGCGGCUUUUCCUUCGCCGGCUUACAUCACCAGCCCCGCUCCGGCUCGGCGGCUGCGGCUCCGGGGCCCCAAAGGCGCCCUCUCCUCCCCCCACCGCGCCCCCGCCGCCACCCCCGCAGCGGAGCAGCGCCGCGGCUGGCCGAGGGGGCUGGGGAGGGGGGCACCAUGCCUGGAGGCCGGGCAGCCAAGGACCAGGCGCCUCCCCCUCCUCCCUCUGCCCCCCUACUGCGCUGGGACGAGGUGCCCGAUGACUUCGUGGAGUGCUUCAUCCUGUCGGGCUACCGGCGGCUGCACUGCAGCGCCCAGGAGUGCCUGGCCUCGGUGCUGCAGCCCACCAACGAGACGCUCAACUUCUGGACCCACUUCAUCCCCCUGCUCCUCUUCCUGAGCAAGUUCUGCCGGCUCUUCUUCCUGAGCGGGGCCGGCGAGCUGCCCUUCCACCACCCCUUCCUGCUGCCCCUCUGGUGCUACGCCUCGGGCGUCCUGCUCACGUUUGCCAUGAGCUGCACGGCCCAUGUGUUCAGCUGCCUCUCGCUGCGCCUGCGCGCCGCCUUCUUCUACCUGGACUACGCCUCCAUCAGCUACUACGGCUUCGCCAGCACCGUGGCUUAUUCCUACUACCUGCUGCCCGGCCUGCGCCUGCUGGACGCGCGGGCCAUGAGCCGCUACCUGCAGCAGCGCCUGGGCUGGCAGCUGGACUGCAGCCUCCCCAUCGCCCUCUACAGCGCCCUGGUGCUGCCGGUGGCCUUUGUGCUGGCCGUCACCUGCACCGUGGCGUGCUGCAAGAGCCGCUCCGAGUGGUGCGCCUACCCCUUCGCCAUCCGGACCUUCGUCUUCGCCAUGCCCCUCAGCAUGGCCUGCCCCAUCAUGCUGGAGAGCUUCCUCUUCGAUCUGCGGGGGCAGAACCCCACCCUCUUCGUCUACUUCUACAGGCGCUACUUCUGGCUCCUGGUGGCCGCCUUCUUCAACGUCAGCAAGAUCCCCGAGAGGAUCCAGCCGGGGCUGUUUGACAUCAUCGGGCACAGCCACCAGCUCUUCCACAUCUUCACCUUCCUCAGCAUCUAUGACCAGAUGUACUAUCUAGAAGAAGGGCUGUUGCAGUUCCUCAAAUCCCCACCUGCCUCCCCUACCUUCCUAGGCACCAUUGGAUAUAUGCUGCUCUUAAUGCUUUGCCUGGGAAUGGUCAUAAGGAAAUUUUUGAACGUUGCAGAUCUCUGCAAACAGGACUAGGUGGCCAGGUAUAUUUAUUCCUAUUGUGAUUCCUGUUCUUAUUCUUUUUAGAGGAUGCUGCAAAAUUUAAAUGAAAUCUACAAAGGAGCCUGGUACCUUUCUAUUGAAAGUGGUUGUUUCCUCCUGUCAGUCACUGAACUGCUAGAAUACUACUAUUACUCUUAAAACGACUAGGUUCCCAAGGGAAGAAAUCAAGCACUAUUGUUUAUAACUACUCCUACAUUGUUGUUUAGGACACAAGGUGAAACCAUUUAGCACUACUGUUUAAUUUGCUAGGAAAAAAAAUGCAUGAACUGUGAAGGCCCCUUUACUAACUCUAGACUGUUUAGGAGAUUGUUUAGGACACAAGGUAAAACCAUUUAGCACUACUGUUAAAUCUGCUAGAAAAAAAGAAUGCAUGAACUGUGAAGGCCCCUUUACUAACUCUAGACUGUUUAGGAGAUUAUUUAAAUCAGCAAUAUAUGCACCGGCAUCAGGAUUAUACACACAGAUUUUUAAUCAAAUCCUAUGUGGAAUUCCCUAGCAGAUUAUGCACUGAAGUUCUUCUUCUGUACUACUGUAAUAGCUCUUUGAGGUCACAUGCACUGGAACUGGAUUUUAAAUGCAAACAAGCUGACAGCUGUCCAUAGUUUUUCCCCCCCUAGUGUUAUAGCCUUUGUGGCAACCAAGCUACAGUUAAGAUUUUAGAGAGAAAGGUAAAAAACUACUGUGAACUAUUAGGGAGCUAUAAUUUGAUCAAGGGAUUUUGGUCAUUUUGUGCGACUGAAGUUUGAAUGGUUGGUAUAGUCAUUCCAAGGCAAAAUAGAAAUACAGAGCCAGAUUCUUAGCUGGUGUAAAUUGGCACAGUUCCAUUGAAGUCAUUGGACCAGAAGAGGAUCAAGCCCGGAGAACCAAAACCUAAUUUCCUACUCACACAAAGCUCCCAUUGACUUCAAUAGGAGGUUCGUGGAGCUGAGAACAUGAUUUCACCCUCAAGACCCUAAUCCAACAACAUCUGAUUUAUUUUUUAAAGUUAUUAAGUAUAUUAACCUGAUUUCUGCUUCCCCUCUUUUUCUUCUCUUUAGUUAGUUGGGGCCAGAUUCUGUCACCUUAGACUACUGUAGAAUAAGAUACUACGGAAGAUGCAUAGGAACUACUGAACGUGUUAUAGGAGGCAGAAUCUGGCUCUAGAUAAGUACUCAGUUUUAUAUUUUGAUAUCCUUCCCCCGCUGCUUCAUAAUUCAGUUUACCUCUGCGGCAGCUGGACAUUUUAAAGCCCUACCUAAGUGGCUGUGCUGUGGAUGUUUCAGAGGGCAAAAGUUUUAAUUGGGUGACUCUUCCAGUUUACAGGUUAACAACACCCAUGAAUAGAUUUUUUAAAAAAUACGAAUUUGCAGUGUCUUUGCACAGUAACCCAGGUAUUAUCAGCAAAGAGAUGACUUAAUUAUUAACAACAUACUAUUGAUACUAAUAAAGAUUUUGUAGAUUAUAAAUGGAUGGGGUUUUAAACAGAAAUAUUUUAAGGUUAUAUGACUGGACAAACAACAAGCAUGCAAUAAUAUAAUACAAGGAAAUUACGGUCGAAGUUCAGGUGGCAAACUACUUGUUAUGCUCCAUUUUAAAAAUGUAUGAUGUCGCUACUUACUGGAACUCUAGUCUUAUAUUGCACAAUAACUUAACUACUCUUUAUACAGGGCAGAUUCAUCUCUACCUGUGGAAAUACAUUUCUGCCUAUACAUUUGUUUUAAGAUAUGAUGCAUCAAGCCCUAAUUAAGUAUUUGGGGCCCAAUCUUGUAGUCCUGAUUUAGGAAAAAACUCCCAUUGUCAUCAAAGGGUGUUGUGGUUUGAGUAGGGAUUGCAGGAUCAGGCCCUUAAUUUGAGGUUGGAGUCUUCACACAAACAUGAUUUUGAAGGCUGAAUGCAUCAGUGACUGUCAUAUAUAGAGGGAGCUCCUGUGAUGGUUCUCAAGGUACCCAGGACAGAGUCACCUUAUUAUCCUCCUGCCUCCAGAGAGAGGGAAACUUGCUUGUGCUUAACUGGGUGUUAGCUCCUUGACACCACCAGCCUGUUAGCCACACAAAUACUUUCUUCUGGGCUAUACCAGCCCUUACUUUACCUUGCAGGUUAACAAUAGGUGCAGCCCAAUCCCCAAACCCUUUGAGGUGUUCCCUUGUAAUGUCCAACCCCUUAUCCACUAAAUACCAUGUCACAGAAAUACCAGGUCUUCUGCCCCCAAGAGAACAGUGUACACACCAACUUUUAUGAUUCAACACAGGAUCGACACCUUGCUUAAUACCACAGCACUGAGAUAUAUUUAUAAUGAAAAACAAUCAUAAAUUUAUUAUCAGAGAUUCAAGAGCUGGUGAGUAAGGGUAAUGGAAACACAAAGGUUACAUAUAAAACAAAAUCAUAACACACUUUCUAGAGACUAAACUAUUGUCUUAGCCUCCUUGUCGAAUGAAGUUUCUCACCCAAAGCCUUUUUCAACAUCUUCAGUGAAGGCUGGUUGUGAUCCCAUUUUCAUUAAUGUAAACACACUGCCCAUUUACUUCCUAAACCCCAGGAUGGUGGGGUAUCUACUCUGUUCCCCAAAUAUAGUUCAGCAAACCUUUGAAGUAUAUCUGAAGAUAAGUUUCUCUUCCCCCUGCUGUGUUUCUCUGUUAGUUUCUUGCGGAAAUUCUUAUAACCAUCUGCAUUCAUCUUAGAUAGGUGAUGGAAGACCCACUGUGAAUGACAAAAUACUUCAUUUACAUUUCAACAGAGAAUACAUAAAUAAACAUCCCUUAUCUGACAGGAAACCUCUAUCCACCCCUGCUGUAAUACAGACUCUAAGAACAUAUUUUCAGUAUACAUACAGAACUCCUUACAUAGUACAGUAUUUGUACCUACAUUUCACAACAAUGACAAUGAGCAGUGUGACCCAGCUUUUCGUUUAAGACCUCACGUAACAUUCUUUGGUGAACCAGAAUAUACAUACCAGAAUCAGGAUAAUAUUGUAACCCCCCUUGCCAGUUGGCAUUGAGGAGGGCUUGGGUCACUCCAAAAACCACCGCUCUCAUAACACAAGGAGAUUUUCAAAGACACAAAAACCCUUUAGAUGCUCCACUUCCACUGAAAGUCAAUGGAAGUGGUGCAUUUAAACUCCCAUUUAUGCCUUUGCACAUAUUUCCCAGAAUGCGUAUCACUAGAGUCCUUUAUGCCUGAGCAGAAGCAGACGUUUUCCAGUGUGACUUCCAUUAAGACCCCUUGGUCCAAUGACUUCUUCCACUCUUUUCAGAUAGGACUCAGUUGGCAGUCUUUGUGCACCCAAAACUUUCACUGAAGUCAGAGAGAGUUUCAAUCUGGCAAGGAGGAUUACGCCUAUCAUGAGUUAGGGCUGCUUGAAUCCAUAGAUAAAUUCUCCUCUUCACUGCCUACUUUUGGGGUUGUUUAAGACAGAGAAUUCAUCCUUCCCCAUUCCAUGACAUUCAUCUGGUGAUUAUUGAGGCAUUUUGUGGCCCAAUGAGAUGCAGUUUUUCUCAUGACCCAAGAGGUGGAUAAUAGAAGGAAAAGGGAGUACACUUCACCUUAUUUUCCUACAUAUUUUUUACAUUAUUGUAGUUUUGGUUUUAUCGAGCUACAAUAUUUAAUAGGAUAUGGCCCAAAACAAAUAUAUCACAUUCAUUCUUUGUCAGCCAUGGGUCUGCUAACACACAACUUGUGGAAGAGCCACUUGAGGAGUCAUGAAGCAUGUGACUAAAUUGUGUAAAUCCGUGGUUCUGAAACUGUGGUCCAUGAGUAUUUAUUGAUGGUCUGUAGAGAGCAGGCUGGUCCCAUAUACCUGUCUCCUUGUUUCCAGCUGCUAAACUGCAGUAAAAGAUGCUAAAACUACAUUAAACACUUUCCUGAUAUUACUUAUCCAUGUAAAUGAUUAUAGUUUCCCAAGUGGUGUUACUCAAUUGCCAGUAAGAUAGGAGGUGGUCUGCAUAGUAGUCAGUAGGAGGGGAGAUUAUCUCAAGGACCAGUCUCUCUAUUAAGAUGUGGUUCACACUGAAAAGUUUUGAAAAUCUUUUAGAUAAAUACAGAGUCAGCUCAGGCAGCUGCACCAUGUUCCAAACUCCCCGACUUCCAAGGGAGUCCUGAGUGUGGAGCCACUGCAGGAUCUGACGCAUGACACUGUUAGAACAUCUACAUAUAUUAUGCACAUAUACAGUGAGUUUGAAAUUAAUGUUGAUGUUUCAGGUAUGAUUCACCCGCAUUAAAAGAAGACAUUUUUAUUAGUUAGAUGGCUCAUCCAAGCUUCAAAAUAAAUUAUUUCUUUUAAAGAUUUUUUUUAAGAGAUGGCAUUAUAGCAUCCAACCAGCAAUGAAGAAACGUACGAGAAAUCAGAAACGCCAGGAAGAACAACUCUCAAUGCUAAGAGACAGCUCAGAAACAGCUGAGAGUAUAAUCCAAAUGUAGAGAAAGACUUUAAACCAUAUUACAUAAUGAGUUUUAUUUGUGCUUGUCAGUAACAAUGUAGAGGGCAUCUUGAGAAGCAAUGUCAAAAAGGCCAUGGCUAACUUGUAAAAAUACAUUUGAUAUUUGCAGUUAGGCCAUGUGAGAUCAUCUAUAUAUAUCCCCAUUACAGACAACAGUACAUGGGCUUGGAUUAUCUAUGGUUGCAAGUAUAACUGGAAUCUUACUUCCAUUCAUAAAUUGUGGCUGUAAAUCCCACCUGAUUUAUAGAUUUGUGCUCAAUAAGGCACCACUAGGUAAUAUUCAGGACAUUGCUUCAUUCUGAACAUUUGUAUUUCAGCAAAGUUUUGAGGUGUAUUUAACAUCUAAGCCCAUCUGUAGAAUGAUUUAUGAAUGCUGAUCGCAAAUGCAGCUUUCUGAUUUACUGUAUUGUCAAUGCACUGGAUGUAUCAAAGGGUGAGUGAGUACAGGUAGGUCUGCCUAGGUUUCCAGAAUUAUAACUAAUAUUUUUUUGUUUUAAAUGCAGAUUAAUAUUAAAUGGUUACAAUGAUAAUUGCCACAUUUCUCUGCAGAAUUUCUAGGGAGCUGUUACUUGAAUGUUUAUAUUUAUUUGUUGAAGGGCACAUAUGUGGAUAACAGCACUAUCUGAUAUAUUUGAUGGCCAGUUUUUAAUGAAUAUAGACAAAAUAUAAUUGAGUUAGGGAGGCCAGAAGUGGGAUAAACCACCCUCAAUUAUGGGACCCAUUUCUGCUCUCAUUGAAGUGAAUGGCAAAACUCCUGUUGGCUUAAAUUGGAGUAGGAACCAUUCCUAGGCUUGCAAUCAUACCUAAGAGAAUUCAGUGCAUCCACAGUCAUGUCCAGAGCUUAGACAGUAGGUCUGCUUUCUAAUAGCUAUGAGCUUGGGGAGCAUUGUAGGGGACAAAAUCUUGCAGGGCAUUGUAUAGGCACCUGCCAGAAAAUGCACACCUAGCAUAGAGAGCAGAGAGUGAAAGAUUUCUGCUCCAAUCCUGAAGAGUGGGUACUUCUCAGACCUUUUGUGAAAGGAGUCAUGGAGGGCUGGCGUCUAGGGCUCAGAAGCAUGACCUAUGCUUUCUAUAUGCUUUUCCUUUCUUGGCCCAGCAAUGGUCCCCAUCCUGACACACUUGUGCAGGUGUGCACAGACCACGUGUGGGGCUGCUGCUACACAGAAUGUUGGUACACACCAUUAUUUUGUAAUGAAUGUGUGCCCAGCACCGUAGCUUAGAUAGUGACAUGUCCAUGAGGAAUGACAAGCUUCCCAACUACAUGUAGCAUGUGAACUAGAGUAGAAAUUACUCCUGUGAGUUACACAGCUGGUCUGUAGAAACUCUCCUAUAGUGCUAUGGCAAUACUGGAAUUCUUCACGUGGGAAGCUUGUGUAUCCAUUUGAAUGUUAGAAUCUAGAAUGCCGAGCCAGCUCACAGCUGUUUCACAGCAAGGCUAGCAUCUGAGCUCUGGAAACAAGGUGAAAGGGUAUGGAUACACAGAGUUCUAGUCUGCAUGCCAGGGGAGAGAUUUGGCAGUUAGAACUAGAAUCAUUAUUAUGUUUUCUCAUGUGAGAGUUGAUUAUUUGUUUAAAGUUCCCCGCUCAUUGUGUCUGUGCUGAAUUCAGCCUCAUUUAUCAUGUUUAUGUCAACAGAACCUAACAAAAGUGUGAGUCUGAUAGUUUGCUUUAUUUUUAUGUAUAAAUUCCAUUGCAGUACAAUAUUCCAGGCUGUGCAAUUGUAAGGAAUUAUUGCAUUUCAUGACUGGUUAAAGUCAUUGGGUUGACAUCCACAUGCCUUAUAGCACCAAAUAAUGCAUACAGUAAUAACCCAGAUAGCCACAACAUGUCUUAUUGCCUGUAACAGUCAACAUGAUCAAGUGGUCUGAAGAGAGGCCUGAGAACCAGGAGCUCCUCCCAUCUGUAAAGUGGGAAUAAUAAACCUUACCUACCUCACAGGAGUGUUCUGAGGAUUAGCUAAUGUUUGUAAAGCGCUUAAUAAAAUGCAAAGUACUCUGUAGGUGCUAAGUAAUAUUCAUUGACACAAGGAAUGUCAUAUUCGAAGGGGCUUUUAAUCUCCCUGAGAGAGGACCAUGGCUCUUUCUAAAAUCAGGAACUGCUGGACAAACAAGUGGGCUGUGUACCCUAUCUAUCCUCCUCAUAGUCCUACCUCUAGAAGAGCCUGAUUCUGCUCCCUUUGAGAUCAAUGGCAAAACUCCCACUGACUUCAGUGGGCACCUCAGAAGGCCUCAAAUGAACAGUACACCUUUCACAAGCCAACUAAAUGCAAAGGAGUCAGCGGAGAAGCAGGGAGGAAAGCAAAAGAGGCUUGCUUUUCUUUUAUAAAUGCCGACUAGUGAUUCAUUUGUACAGAGCAGCCCUUUAGCGUUCAUGAGUCCUGGUUGUUCAUUUGGGACUUGAUCCUAUUCCCAGUUAUUGUGAUGACAAUGGGGAAAGAUUUCCAUUGAUGUAAAUGGGAGUAGGAUCUGGCCUCAUGGCCUUUGUGCUCUGUUAACUCUUAUCUCAGUGAUAAAGACCUGCUGCACCAGUCCUGAUUAAAUAAGUAAUAUUUAGGGAAGAGUAAACUUUGUUCAUUUGUUGGAUCGAUCUAACAUACAUACACCCCAAUGACUUCAGCCAACUCAGGCCUUGCCCUUUACAUGCAUCAAAACUGAACGUAACGCAUCUGACCCGUCUCUUCAUCCAUUUUGCCCUUCUCUCUAGAAAUCCUCUAGAAUCACAGCUACAAGCAGCACAGCUGCAUAACUUUUAAGGCACAAUUUAAAGCUAAGGGUAUGAAGUGUGGGGCACCAUCCUUUAUAUACUCAGGUGAGAUGUAAGAAGAUAAGAAGGUUUUACAUGGAUCAAAAGAUACAGACCUCCUUUCAAUAUGUUUAUUUCUGCUGGGGCUGAAAUAGAAAGAAGCUAAAUGAUUUCUUCCCCUCACAGUUUGCUAAAGGAGGGCCUACUCUGCUCCACUGAAAUCAAUGGCAAUUUAGCAGUUGACUCAAAUGGGAGCAAGUUCCUAUAAUUAUUUAAGAGGAAAGACCACCAGUAGACUUCCAGUUCCCUGGGAGCUUCUUCAUGGCUGGCUAUAUUCAAAUCUUAAGGAGCCUCCAAUUGCACCUUCCUGCUGUAGGUGAAUGCCUUAAGGCUUGCAGUUGCAAAUGGGAGUCAAUAGUAUGGAGAGGCAUAAAGAAAAUACAGCGACAGUUGCAUCUUUUUAUCAGCUAGUGAUUCAAGCACAUUUUAGUAUAAAGGAGAUAUCUUGUUUAAGGGUCUCUGCAUGCAACUGAAUAAAACAGUGUAAAUCUUCGUUUCAAUUGGAUUGUGUUUGUUUUUUGAGGAAUUUGCUCUCUGUAAAGUCUUGGAUGCUGACUACUGUAUACAUAAUUACUAUGCACUUUUAGCAAAAAAAAAGUGUGAGCUAUAAAUAAAGUUGUUUCUGAACUCCUUGUA